GCAAAAGCAAUUCAAGAAAAAAAUGUAUAUCCUCACAGGCUGUCCCGAGGGGGUUACCAACUACUUGAGAGGAAACUGAUAGAAGAGAAGCGUAAAGCUUCUCAAGAAGCCUCUCAAAGUGACCCCUCAUGUGUGACUUCACCUCCAUCACCUCCUUCUCGUCAUGAGAAGUGGAAGAAGGCACGACAGAGCAAGAAAGGUGACUAUACUACAGUUGAGAGUCGUAUUGUGGGACAGAAAAUU